AUGCCAAAAAGAUUAACUGAUGAGGAGCUUUCAGAACUUAAAAACUGGCUAGCAGAUCAUCAAAUCAAUCCGAAUAAAUUGCAUCGCGAGUUUUCAGAUGCAGUAGCUUUUGCGAAUUUGUUAAAGAAAUUGUAUCCUAAAUUAAUAGAUUUGCAUAAUUAUCCGCCUAGAAACAACACUCAACUAAAGUUAAACAACUGGGAAACGCUAAAUUUUAAAGCCCUCGGAAAAAUUGGUCUUCAGCAAACUAGAGACAUGUUAGAAAAGUUUGCGAAAGGUACCCCCGGAGCAAUAGAAUCGCUGCUGUAUGAUAUCAAAAUGCAUGAUCGAAAUCCUAUAAAAGGUGAAAGAAAUGAUGAACAAGAGCAAGCCUGGUCAGAAAAUGACGACAUUAUUGUGGUGAAUGUUAAUAAAAAGAUUGGUGAUGCAAUUGUCCAAGUCCCACAAAAGAUGAUUUUAUACUCAAUCUACGAGCAAGCUCUUCGAGACUGCCAGACAAAAGACUCUUAUUUGAAUUCCGCAAAUCAAAAGAUAGCUCAUCUUGAAAACAUACUGAAACUUAAAGCUGAGCGAAUAGAUGAAUUGUGCGGUCAACUUGCUAAGGUGUCAGUGCGAAGUUUGUUGAAGCAUCAUAAUUUAGAAAAUUCUAGCCCCAAUUCGCUCCUUAAUUUGGAUAAUAUUGAAAAUGAAACGAACAUAUGUUUAGAUUUUUAA